UCAAAUUCAAAACGAGGGCGAGGCGAGGAGUCGACCCUAAAUUGGAUGAUACGAGACGACUCACUCACUGCCAUUUCGCUUCGUCGCUUCUCUCUGCCGACGUGCAAACGUUUCUUGCGGCGUUCUGAUAUUUACGUUACUAUCAUUACAGGAUUUUCUUUGUCAAUUGUUCUGCUGUCUCUUCGCUGCGCGGAAGAAGCGGCAAAUCUCUUCCCUGUUUCCUGGAAAGGAAUUGCGAAUUCAGGUUGUCUGAGUAGAAAUAUCAGUUGAGUUCAAGAUGAUUACAUCUUUCAUCACCAGAGGACUUCAGCUGAUAUUUGGCUAUGUUUACCCGGCAUACGAGUGCUAUAAAACUGUAGAAUUGAAUAAGCCUGAUGUUGAGGAGCUUCGGUUUUGGUGUCAAUAUUGGAUCUUGGUUGCAGGGUUGACAGUUUGCGAAAAGAUUGGUGAUACAUUCAUCGGCUGGGUUCCAAUGUAUGGAGAAGCUAAGUUGGCCUUCUUCAUAUACUUGUGGUUUCCUAAAACUAAGGGGACACCAUAUGUUUACAAUUCUUUCUUUAAACCCUAUGUCGAAAAACAUGAGCCAGAGAUUGAUCGAAAUCUUUUGGAGCUGAAGACACGUGCUGGAGACAUGGCAAUCCUGUCCUGGCAAAAGUUUGCAAGUUACGGCCAGACUAGAAUUUUCGAGAUCUUGCAGUACAUUGCUUCACAAUCCCCUCAACAAUCUCAGCAGCAGCGACAAAAUAGUACGAGAGCCCCCAAACCCAAUGCCUCACUAAACCGCGCAGCACAGUCGCAAGACGGGCAAUUGUCAUCUUCAAGUGAAGAUCAAGAAGGCAAAGCAGAAGUUGCAGCCGGGUCAUCGGAAGAUCCAAAAACAGCCCCUGUGCAAACGGCCACAAAUGAACUCAAAACCACGCCAUCCCCGUCAAUCAUUCAGGGCAGCAAAGCUUCAAAUUCGAAUGAAGAACAAGUAAUGCAGAUAGAUUCGGUCCCUCCAGCAGCUAACGACAGCUCUCAACACACCACUGCACAGGACAUGAUCUUGGAUGAUGCUGCAGAAGGGCCACGAGCUAGGCCGAGGAGAGCCCGCGCCGCGUAUAAAUAAAAGAUGAAAAUAACACAAACAGGUAUGACUUUGCAAUGGAUUGUUGAUAUUGAUGAUGAUGAUGAUGAUGUUGUACAUAUUGCCAUUUAAGGUUAGGUUUCACUGUGAAUUUAACUGCCUACUGAUGCGUUCAAAUUUCAUCAGCAUUUGGAUCUUUCCUACUACAAACCUCACAUGCUAAAUAGUGAUAUUGUUUGAUUUAUGAUGA